CAUUUUGCAACACUAAAGUAAAGCAUAAACAAAAACACCGCUACACCUUUUAUUUAAUUUAGAUAUUUAAAAACAUAACUUAUUAAUUGUUUUAAUGGCCAUCUCGUCGGCACGCGAAUCACUUUCCCAUGCGCUGACCAACCGCUUUCUGCCUAAUCUCGAGUACUUGUUGCAAGGUUCCAUUUUAGACUCGGCUGUCGAGCAUUUGAUGCACAGACUAAAAGGAUUGUGCGAUAAUGUGGACACCUCGCCGGAACCCUUCCAUGAUCUGGAGGUCUGCAUGAGCCUGCGUCAAUCGCAGUCCAAUCAGCCGCUUUUGUUGCGCGUUCGUCGCGCCUUGGGACGCGAUGCCCCAUUCCAAAUGCGCUAUCUUGGACAACCCGAGGUGGAUAUACGACGGCCAACACUGGUGCGCAGCUGCAUGGACUGCGCCUGCACCAAUGGGAUACUUGAUUUUCUAUCUGAAAUGGGAUUUCGCCUGGAGUUUGAGUAUAUAGCGAAGGGUUACAUGUUUCGAAAGGGACGCAUGAAAAUAACGGUCUCCAAGCUGAUUAAAAUCGUUCCCGGCAAGCAACAGGACAUGGCCAAUGAGCCAAUUUCACAGAGCUACAUCGUUGAAUUGUCUGUGGUGGCGCCCACGGGACAAGAGAAUGUGGGCGAGGAGAUGCGUGUGUUUGCCGAGCAGCUAAAGCCGCUGGUGCAGCUCGAGAAGAUCGACUACAAGCGCUUGGGCAACUUGCCCUAA